CUCACUCCAGUCCUAGCCGCCGCCGCCGUCGCCAUGCCGAUCACCGCCCAGAUGCCGGACAUCAUGGGCGAGCGGCAGUCCGGCCAGGACGUUCGCACCCAGAACGUGGUGGCCUGCCAGGCGGUGGCCAACAUCGUCAAGUCGUCGCUGGGGCCUGUCGGGCUCGACAAGAUGCUGGUCGACGAUAUCGGUGAUGUUACCAUCACGAACGACGGGGCGACCAUUUUGAGGAUGCUGGAAGUCGAGCAUCCGGCAGCCAAGGUUCUUGUGGAACUGGCUGAGCUCCAGGACCGGGAGGUUGGGGAUGGAACAACUUCCGUCGUCAUCAUAGCAGCGGAGUUGCUCAAGAGAGCCAAUGAUCUUGUGAGGAAUAAAAUCCAUCCAACCUCUAUUAUCAGUGGCUACAGGCUUGCGAUGCGUGAAGCUUGCAAGUAUGUUGAAGAAAAGCUGUCUGUCAAGGUUGAUAAGCUUGGAAAAGAUUCCCUUAUAAACUGUGCAAAAACUAGCAUGUCUUCGAAACUGAUUCACACCGACGGCGAUUUCUUCGCAAAUCUGGUUGUAGAAGCUGUUCAAGCUGUGAAGACUACAAAUUCCAGGGGAGAAGUGAAGUAUCCAAUCAAGAGUAUUAAUAUUUUGAAAGCUCAUGGUAAAAGCUCUAAGGAAAGCUACCUGCUGAAUGGUUAUGCACUGAACUCAGGCCGUGCAGCUCAAGGAAUGCCUACUAGAGUAACCCCUGCUAGAAUUGCUUGUCUUGAUUUUAACCUUCAGAAGACAAAAAUGCAAAUGGGUGUUCAAGUCCUUGUAUCUGAUCCAAGGGAACUUGAGAAGAUCCGUCAGAGAGAAUCUGACAUAACAAAGGAGCGAAUUGAGAAAGUUCUCAAGGCUGGUGCUAAUGUUGUAUUUACCACCAAGGGAAUCGAUGAUAUGUCACUGAAGUACUUUGUUGAGGCUGGGGCAAUUGCUGUUAGGCGUGUGCGUAAGGAGGAUUUGCGCCAUGUUGCCAAGGCAACAGGUGCGACAAUGGUGACUACCUUUGCUGACAUGGAGGGUGAAGAAACUUUUGAUCCUUCAUUCCUUGGACAAGCCGACGAGGUUGUUGAGGAAAGGAUUUCUGAUGAUGAAAUAAUUCUGGUGAAAGGCACAAAGAACACAAGCGCGGUCUCCCUUAUACUUCGAGGAGCAAAUGACUUCAUGCUAGAUGAGAUUGAACGGUCUUUGCACGAUGCCCUGUGCAUUGUGAAGAGAACUUUGGAAUCCAAUAUGGUAGUUGCGGGUGGUGGUGCCGUCGAAGCUGCAUUGUCUGUGUACUUGGAGAAUCUUGCUACAACUCUUGGAUCCAGGGAACAGCUGGCAAUUGCUGAAUUCGCAGAAUCUUUGUUGAUCAUACCGAAGGUCCUCUCUGUUAAUGCUGCCAAAGAUGCAACUGAGCUUGUUGCAAAGCUUAGGGCGUAUCACCAUACUGCCCAAACAAAGGCUGAUAAGCAACACUAUUCAAGCAUGGGUCUUGACCUACAGAAAGGUAUAAUCCGCAACAACCUCGAAUACGGCGUGAUCGAGCCAGCCAUGAGCAAAAUAAAGAUUAUCCAGUUCGCCACGGAAGCAGCCAUCACCAUCGUGAGGAUCGACGACAUGAUCAAGCUCGACAAGGAGGAGUCUGGGCAAGAGGAGUAACCAUAUGCCAUUUUACGAUGUAUGGUUACCGUUUAUUGUGUGACUGCCUGGAUGCUGCUAUAGACUCUUAGAUUGGUCCAGUGUGGAUUUUUUUUGUUGUCCUUCCUUUCGCUGUGUUAGUGGACGUUAGAAUGGAAUGUUGUAUGGAAGAUGGAUGCGGGAAGGUAGUGUAUUGCUGCACGUUUCGCUGUAUGUUGGUAGUAGAAACGACUCUUGAAUGGAACCAAAUUUUGCCAGCAACACUCGACCUACUAAGCUCUAAAGGAUCAUAGUGUACCUGAAUUGUGUGUUCUUCAAAGUUAUCUUAAAAAGUUAAAGUGAAUGGUAUCGCGGAUGAUUUUGGAAGUUCA